AUGGCCGGCCGUGACCACGAUGACGCCCGAAUAGAAACCGUAAAGGAUGCCGUGACCGACAUGAAGCUGGAGCGACAGUCGUCGGCGGACAGCCUCGCGCCGCCGAACGGUGUGCCCGACUCCAUCGCCCCCAGGCCCGAGACCAACGGCGUCUUCGAGUCUGCCAGCAGCAAGCCCAGCACCCCGCGCCUGAAGCCCGCCGCUGCUGUCUCCAAGCCUAGGAGCCGCCCCAGCAAUUCGGCGGCCGUCAAGGAUGAGCUUGUGGACGAAAAGGUGGGCGGCGACAUCGCAGUCAAGCAGGAGCCCGGCCAGCCGCUCAAGCUGACCCGGUCUGCGUCGCAGAAGCUGCCGUCGAGGGCUGCGCCGUUGUUCGAUCAUCUCGACGACGUCACGGCCGAGGCCUCGGGCACGUUCCAGGUGAUCGAGACGUGCACGUAUGCAAACAAGUACAUGGGAUACACCGAGCAUGCAAUGGACUGCGAUUGUGCUGAGGAAUGGGAUCCGGUGACAUCCAAAAAUGCCGCCUGUGGCGAAGAUUCUGACUGUAUCAAUCGCGCCACGAAAAUGGAGUGCGUGGGUGAUCGUGGAUGCGGUGAUUCCUGUCAGAACCAGCGAUUCCAGCGACAGGAGUAUGCUCAGGUGUCCGUUAUCAAAACCGAAAAGAAAGGCUACGGACUUCGAGCGGAUGGCGACUUGCGCCCGCACGAAUUCAUAUAUGAAUAUAUCGGAGAAGUCAUCAACGAAAACCAAUUUCGCCGUCGCAUGUUGAAUUACGAUGAAGAAGGCAUCAAGCAUUUCUACUUCAUGUCUCUCAACAAGGGAGAGUUUGUCGAUGCCACGAAGAAGGGAAACCUGGGCCGCUUCUGCAAUCACUCCUGCAAUCCGAAUUGCUACGUGGAUAAAUGGGUUGUCGGCGAGAAGCUUCGGAUGGGCAUCUUCGCCGAACGACACAUCAAGAGCGGUGAAGAGCUGGUGUUUAAUUACAAUGUUGAUCGCUAUGGUGCCGACCCACAGCCCUGCUACUGCGGCGAGCCAAAUUGCACGGGUUUCAUCGGCGGGAAGACCCAGACGGAGCGUGCAACGAAACUGUCUAAUGCAACGAUUGAGGCCUUGGGAAUUGACGAUCCGGAUAGUUGGGACACCGCCGUUGCCAGGCGGCCGCGGAAGAAGAAGGCGGUUGAUGAUGAUGAGGAAUAUGUUGAUAGCUUGCAGCUCAAGUCUUUGGACGAAAAUGGUGUCACCAAGGUUAUGGCAGCGCUGAUGCAGUGCAAGGAGAAGUGGAUUGCCGUCAAACUGCUUGGCCGUAUCCAGCUGUGUGAAGAUGAACGUGUCCGCCACCGGGUGGUGAGGAUGCACGGUUACCAGAUCCUGAAUUCGCAACUAAACGCCUGGAAGGAAGACUUCAACGUUGUUCUGCAGAUCCUCGAUAUUCUCGACAAGUUUCCGCGGCUGACACGGAACAAGAUCAUUGAUUCGAAGAUCGAAGAAACCGUGAAACCGCUGAAAGAAUGUAACGACGAGCGAGUGGUGGAGAAAGCUACGGCGUUGCUGGAAGUCUGGGCUGCUCUAGAAGUUGGCUAUCGUAUUCCUCGGAUGAAACGAGAUCCUUCAACGAUCAACAACACCCCUAGUAUCACUCGUUUCCAACGUCGUGAUGCAAAGGAAGAGCGCAAGCCCAAGGUCGAGUCCAAAGCUAAGUCCAAGUCGAGAUCUCGAUCUCGAUCGCGGUCGCGAUCAGUCGAUGUCACCCGAAACGCUCCCCGAGGGCCUGCCGCCCUCACCCGUGGCGGGAAGAGCAGUACAGGUCCCUAUCGCCCCGGCCCUCGACCUUUCCGACGACCAUUCAACCCGCUUCCUCAGGGCUGGUUUGCGGCUGAGUCCAACGGGCGCACGUAUUACUACUCGAGCAACGGAGAGACGACAUGGGUGCGACCAACGGCGCCGGCAGCACAGCCACCUCCGCCGCCCAAGCGCGAAUCGAAAGAGAAGACCCUGCAGGAUAUCAUCGAUGGGAUCAUGAACGCGAAGGAAAAUACUCCGAAGGCGAAAGACGUAUCCGCGACACCGGCUACCCCUGCUGACGCAAAGAAACCCGAACAGAAAGAGCGCAGGGAGAAAUGGCAGUCAUAUAGUGAAGAGAAACGGAAGAAAUUAUAUGAAAAUACGCUGUUUCCUCAUGUUAAGUAUGUGGUGGACAAAUUCAAACAUAAGCUCCCUAAAGACGACCUGAAGCGUUAUGCGAAAGAGGUUGCGAAAAAACUUGUCAAUUCGGAUUUUAAAAAUAACCGAGUCAACGACCCCACAAAGAUCAGCGAAAAGCAGAUUAAACAAGUGAAAAAGUUUUGCAAAGAAUACUUUGACAAAGCCGUCGCUAAGCACCGAGCUUACGACGAGAAAAAAGCAGGACAGAAAACUAAAGAUGGCGACAAGCCUGCUACAUCUACAUCAACAACGACAGAAGUUAAGAAGAAUCUAUCCGUUUAUGAAAAUGGUACAAAAGUAAACGACGAAGAUAGCGACGAUCAGCUAUCCGAUGCAGAGCCGGACAACGCUGCUGAGGACUCGACGCACCGCGAUGGAUUGAAGCGAAAGCGCGCCGACACCAGCAGUUUCGACGACGACACCAGCAGCCAGAAUAAGAAUGCCGCCGUAUCUCCCUCCAAGCGACUCCGCUCGUCCACCUCACCACCACCAUCAUCAUCAUCCGCCGCCAUACCUCCCCCUCCCCCUCCUCCGCCCAUUAGCCCCGGCAGCGCAGCCCUAGAAGACGGAUACGGAGAUCCCCUCAAACGCAAGCGCAGCGAGGAUUUCGACGACGAUGACUUCGAGAAUACUUCCCAGUCUCCUGGCAAACGCCAGCGGUCCGAAACCCCGCCGCCACCUCCACCCCCUCCCCCGCCGGGUGGUCCUCCUCCAGGUGAAGAUGGAAAUGAAGAGUACGAGGAGGAGGACGAGGAAGCGCAGCAGGAGCUGGAGAGGGGAGAAGGAGAAUAUGAUCCCGAUGAGCGGCUUGAAGAUAAUGACCAUGCGGCCGCCUGUCGUUCGGCUUUACUGCCGCAGUCGAUAUCUCUCCAUAACUUACAUUCCGAGGAAGCGGAGAGGGACGCAUAUUCAUGA